UCGGCGCGAAAGGUCUCAAUCAAGUAAACAACAACCCGGUCGGUCCUUCCUCUCGUGACGAUGACAUCAUAGCAGGGGAGGUCAAUCGCUGCGACAUCGACAGUCACUCCACACUAUUACCACCAGAUCAUAGCCCGCCAUGCCGUACAUCGUCUGCGUGGGCACCGUCUACAUCGACACCAUCCUCUCGGUCCCGCACUUCCCCCCCGAGGACAGCAAACAGCGCGCCGACAACGUCGUCCGCCGCCGCGGCGGCAACCCCGGCAACACCCUCGAAGUCCUCUCGCGCCUGCUCCCCGCCGCAAACCUCAACCCCGCCACCUCUUCCUACACAACCGCCCUGUUCCUCCUCGCCCCGCUCCCCGACCCCGCCGCCGACGACACUCACUGCAUCGUCGCCUCGCUCCCGGAUGUGUCCACGCGCCUGUACCUCUACCGCCGCGGCCACACGCGCGCCGCGAGCUGCUACGUGCUCGCGUCGGCGGCGCGCGGCUCGCGGACGUGCGUAAGCUACGAUCCGCUGCCCGGCCUGUCCGUGGCGGAGUUUGUCGAGAAGAUGGAGGCGCUGGUGCACGCGCAGAGCGAGGAGGUGUGGGUGCAUUUCGAGGGCCGCGGGGGCGGCGUGCUGGUCGGCUGCAUGGAGUGGCUGCGGCAGCGGUUCGGGUGGCACGGGCGCGUGCGCGUCAGUCUGGAGUGCGAGAACCCGGCGCGGGGGGAACUGGCGCGCGUGCUGCCGCUGGCGGACGUCGUGUUCUACUCGCGCGCGUGGGCGGAGGCUUUCAGAGACCCCGCGAACGGCCUCCCCGUCCUGCCCGCCUCCUUCCUGCACUCCCAGAUGCCCCUCACCGCCCCCACGGCAACGCUGAUCUGCACCUGGGGCCCCGACGGCGCAGAGGCCCUGCGCAACGGCACAAACGACCGCCCGAUCCACGCCACUGCGAAUGCCUGGCGACCGCGCGCGCCCGUCGGCUCCGUCGCGCUGCCCGUCGACACCGUCGGCGCGGGCGAUACGUUCAUCGCGGGGAUGCUGUACGCGCUGGUGCAGCAGCCGGCGUGGGGCCUCGACCAGCGGCUCGCGUUCGCGAACGAGUUGGCGGGGCGCAAGGUGUAUCAGGAAGGGUUCCAGGGGCUGGGGGAGGCGAUGCGGGGGGGUGAGUGGGGGGAGCGGAUGGGGGAGCGGUAG